AUGGCUGCACCCAGCACAACCGCCGCUACCAUCCUGACACCGGACCGACACAACCUCACCAUCGGUCAUUGUCGCGCGCAACGACAGGCACUCUAUUCACAUACCGACCUUGGUACACCUACGUUGCUACAGCAGAGGCCGAAACCCAUCAUCUUUACCCCACGGGCAAGUGAGGAUGAGUGGACGGAAAGUCAAGAAGAACUCGAGCGCUGGGGUAUGGGAGCCACCAAGACAACCAAACCGGAGUCUAGUAAAGCCACAAUACCAAGCCUAAGGAAGGCGUCCCCGCCCAACCACCCAAGCCCAUCAAGACUCAGCGGAAACGGCGACGAGAAGACGACGAGGACACGGAUGCGGCGCGGCCCCCCGCACAGGACACCAGGCUUACGAGAAGCGCCAAAAAAGCGACUACAUGCAGGGUCAACCAGUCGACACGCAGAUGAAGAUGAUGCUAGCCUGCACGAGUCCUACAUAGCAGGAGCAACAGACGAUGACACAGGUAGUGUUUUUGAGUCAGAGAACUACAGCGAUCCCGAGGGCGACGAAGAGGAUAUGUUCAUGAGUUCAGACGACAACGAGGAUGAGGCCAGCCAGCCUGACGAAGACAACGAGGAAGAGGCCAACCAGCCUGAUGAAGACAACGAGGAAGAGGCCAACCAGCCUGAUGAAGACAACGAGGACGAUGCCGACCAGCCUGACGAAGACAACGAGGACGAGGACAGCCAGUUUGACGAUGUCGACCAGACCGACGACGAUGCCGACAUCCACCACGCGGACGAUGAUGACAUGAGGGAGGCACAGUACUCCCUCAACAUUCCACUGCGCGACAAGGACCUGUUCAACAUUGAUGUUACCUCCAAUGAGGUUACAUCUAUGGUGGAGAAAGUGUUACCUGCACUGUCAUCAAGAAAGAUGAAGAAUUUCUACAGGACUAUCGCCGGCCAUCUUGAGAAGUCUCCUCCAUUUAGGAUCCCGGCGCGCUCUCGACACCCUACAACCUGGUCGUUAGUUAACCCUGACUUCGAUUUACUAUGGAAACACGCGGUCGACGGCGAGCGGGCUCUAGACCUCGGUGACGCAAGUCUAUUACCUAAAUGGCUUAACAUGUCAGAAGACGGUCUUGUAAAGCCAGUUAGAUCGUUCACCGACACGCUACUACUGAUAUCCAGCUACCCGACAGCAUCAGACGAAGGGAGUGUGCACAACCGCUACGGCACUGUUGAUGAUAUGAGUAACGUUUUUAUGUGGAUGCUAUAUGCAAAAUUCGGAUUCCACGUCGCGGACAUACGAUCUCAUGGGGUUAUGCACAUUGACAUCAUGGCUUGA